AUGAGUAUACGAGACUGCAUUAUUAGUAAUCCUACUCAACUCGAAAGUAUUGUUUCGGACGGCACAUCGUAUCCACAAUUGAUCUCACUUACAUUCGAAGAUAUUCAAAUUGGCAUGGAAAUGAUUAAACUUCUUCUAUCACUAACACCUUCUUUAGUACAUUUGAAAUUGGUCGGUCAUGGAGCAGAACUUUUCAAUGGUUCGUAUUGGGAACAGUUUAUAAAGACAAAACUACCGGCGUUGAACAAAUUCGAAUUUAUGAUUCAUAAAAAUGUCGAUACGAAUCUUGAUUCUGAUAGUUUGGAGUCGCUCAUUGCACCAUAUCGUACUUCAUUCUGGCUUGAAAUCAAACAUUGGCUUGUUAGUGUUGUUGAUAUCAGGCAAUGCUCAAUUAUUAAUCUUCAUUCGAUUCCAGUUUGCGCAUCAAAAGUCGAUUAUUAUCCAAAAUCCCAUAAAAUUUCCUGUUCAACUGCUCCUGCAUUGGAUUGCGAUUCGAAGAAAAUGAAUAAUAUCCGUCAAUUACGCAUAAAUUUAUCAGAAAUGAUGGCUGAUGACGCUAUCACACAGGUACUUAUUAUUAUUAACAAUUCAAUAUUUUCCUUUUAUUUUGUACAGUCAAUUUUGUUGUUUACUAGAAAUUGCUUUACUUGCCUUCAGAGUAAUUUGAACGUUUGUUAAGAAUAGCCUCCUUUAGAAAACUUAAUAUUCGUCAAAAAAAAAGAAGACUUUUAAGAUUUUUUUCAGAAUCAACCAAAUCUUGCGCCUCUUGCAGGUGCAUUUUUGACUUUUCAAUGAUUUGACGGCGUGAGUGUGGAUCUUCACUUUACCCACAUUCUGAGAGUCGAUGUUUUAUAUGAAACCAAAUGCUAUAUCUCUUAUAAAGUCUAAAAGAAUUCUUCUAUAUACGCUGCCGUUUUGGAAUUAUCCACACUAUACUGGAUUUUUUACCUAUAGUACAGCAUUUAUAGAAAACAAAUGAAACAUAACUUCAAAAGGACAAUCUAUAGCGUAGAAUCCUUCUGAAUUUCUUCUGAUUUCAACAGGCCCUAUCAAAUGACUGGAAUCUCAUUUAAAACGCAACGCAUAUCACUUCCGGUGGUUCUCUCGGUUAGUAGUACAAUAGAAAAAACAAUCAAAGAAAAUAAUGAUCAUGUGCUUAUGCCUUGCUAUCUGUAUCAUCAGUAAAUUAUCGAGAAAUGACUCAAUUUUUCUUUUGCAUUUUCGCAUAUUCUAUAUGUGGUAUAUUUUAUACUGUUUAGAGCACAAUGCCAAGUCAGCGUUUGUUUGAGAAACUUCGGAAACUCACACUCAAAAUCAAUGAUGAUUGGCCCGAUGGUUCAUUUGAAUUCCUCUCAAAAUUGGUCGAUUUAUUAGUCCUCAAAGAGCUCAUAUUUGAUUUCCAUGCGAAUUGUGAUUCGACUUCAAACAUCAUAGUUAAUAUUGGCACUUUACUACAACAUGCAACCAAUAUUCGAUCUCUAAUCCUUAUAAAUCAGCUUAUAAGCAUGCAAGAUAUAUGUUCUAUCUUGCCUCGUCAUGUGCAACACUUACAAAUUCCUGUGUGUGGCAUUCAAGAUAUGAAAACGAUUCUUGUAGAACUCAACCAUUUAUGGAGUGUCACAUUUGACUUUUCAUUAAUUAGACAAGAUUGUAAAUUUGAGAUUAUAAAAUGGCUCAUCGAAGAAGAAAGAGAAUUCAGUUAUCGAUCAAGCCGAUAUUCACUUAAACUCUGGCUCGACAAGAAAAUCAAUGAAUUCAAUCAAUAGUCUCUGUAGAAACAUCGGAGGCACUGCAUUUUUUUUUUGAAAGAGCAAAGUCUGACGCAUCCAUAAGUCCUCAUUUUUACAAUCAAUUACUAUUUUCCUUACUAAGUCUUUCUAAAUUUUUGUCAUUAUCAUUGUUGUGUGAUUUCUCAUUGCAUUAGGGAAGUUUUCCUCCUUCAUGAAAUCGUUUAUUUGUUGACUUCAGCUACUUAUGGGCACAAUACCAGCCACUUACAUCUUAGUAAUAUGACGAUAACUCUUUAGAAAACAUAUGAUGUGUUAAACUUAACGUAUAUCUGACCGUUCGAGUGAACAAACCCAACGAAGAUCGAUAGAUUAAAAAACUAUACGACAUAAUUCCAUGUUUACCAACGUUCAACGAUGUUGAAGAAUGUGCAACUGACAUCAAACAUGAUACAAUGAAAAAAGGCAUGUUUUUCAUCAUUUCUGAUUUUAAUAAAAUAUUCAAGAGUUCGAGUUUUGUUAUUUUGUUUUGUUUUGUUUUAGUUUGAAUUCGUAAAAUUUUCUUGACUUUUGAUUGAAUUGGAUGUUUUUAUUUUUGUCAAUUUAGGUUUUGAUAAAAUGUGAUUGUUGAUGAAUGUAAAAGUUUAUAGCAAAGAUAUUGA